AUGGUGCAUAUGACGGGAUUUGCAAUGUUCAUGGCGCCUUUGGUAUUUAAUAAUGUCACAUCACUUCCGCUACCAACAUGGUUACCAUAUUCUCUAGAGUCAAGUCUCGUAUUCUCCUUGUCAUAUUUGCAUCAGUCACUUGGCAUUUUUAUGACAGUGACAAUUUCAAUAGCCAUGGAGAGUUUGGCUCUAACCAUCUCACUACAAAUUUGCGGUCAACUGGAAAUAAUUAUUCACCGUUUGAACUUAAUUCCCGAAUUGUAUGAAAAUAAAAAUAAUUUCAAGGCAGAUUUGUACGAGCAGGAAGCAGAGCUCACUAAACGUUGCAUAGAACACCAUCUUUAUGUAUAUUCAUUAGGGGAGAAUUUGAACAAACAAUUUGGUCCAGUGAUUUUUAUUCAAUUUUUUGCCUCUAUGAUUAACCUUUGCGCUAUAAUAUUUAAUUUAGGCAAAUUAAGCUCAAACAAUAGAACAUACUGGAUAAUGGUUUCUUCCGUUGGAAGUUAUACAUUUCAGAUUUUUAUCUAUUGUUUCUACGGCGACAAAGUUACGGAAAAGAGUUCAGAAAUAGGGACAGCAAUUUAUUUUCUAAACUGGUGUGAACUAACAAUAAGAACGAAGAAAAAUCUUAUAACGAUAAUGAUACGAUCGACGAGACCUAUUCAAUUAACAGGUGCAUCAUUUGUCACCAUGUCAAUUGAUACAUUCAUGAAAAUUAUAAAAUCAGCUUAUUCUGCAUAUAAUCUUCUGAAAAGACAAUAAUUUACUUCCGA